GUUCACUCCAGGGGGAUUAUCGCUACGACUCUGGUUAGCUGCGUUCACUCCAGGGGGAUUAUCGCUACGACUCUGGUUAGCUGCGUUCACUCCGGGGGGAUUAUCGCUACGACUCUGGUUAUCUGCGUUCACUCCGGUUUAAUCCGAUGUGUCUACAGAGGCCGGCAAACCUUCCCGAUGAGGAGGUAAUCCGAUCUACUCCGAUCACGUCUUGGAGGGUUGAACCUACUCCGACCCCGACUUGGAGGAGGGGCGAACCUACUCCGACCCCGACUUGGAGGGGCGGCAGGGGACGCGAGGGUACAUCGAGGGAGGAAGGCUGCGACCGGAUCAGUAUCAUCCCGAAAGAGGCCAAGCUCAACACUACACAGAACGCUUGGAAGCCCGCUGUGAGGAAGGCCAUGGACGAAGCUGCUGCUGCGGCCAGGCUAGGGCCUUCACGAACGAACUGGAGGUCUACUGCGAAGCAGACCAACGGUGAUGACGAAGCUGCCAAGACGGCUGAGGUGGUGAAGAGAAUGAGGGCUAUCCUAAAUAAACUGACGCCAGAGAAGUUCGAAAAACUCUCUGGACAAGUGAAGGAGCUCGAGAUUGACAACACCGAGAGACUAAGCGCAGUCAUUGAUCUCAUCUUUGAGAAGGCCAUCGAUGAGCAGAGUUUUUCCUCAACCUACGCUCAGCUGUGUCAGGUUCUCUCCCAAAUGUCUGUCCAGGGGGCCAGCAAUGGUGGUGGUUCCUCGGAAGUAAAGUAUUUUGACAUCAAUAAGAAGUGCCGGAUGGAGUUCCAGAAGAACGACAUGGGUGAAUUCUUAGUCAAGAUGAAGAGUGACCUGAGCAAGUGCACUGACCCUGCGCAGAAGCAAGAGCUGAAGCUGCAGCUGGAACUGCAGGAGACCAAGCUCAGAAGAAGGGCCGUGGGAAAUCUCAAGUUCAUCGGCGAGCUCUACAAGGUGAACCUCAUGAGUGUGUCGACGGUGAUGUACAUCAUCGGCAGGCUCCUGUAGAAGGGAGACGAAGAGUCCCUUGAGUGCCUCUGCAAACUGCUCACAACAGUCGGCAGCCUCUUGUCAAGUCAGUGCAGGGAUCGGAGGACACGGCAGCAAUUGGAAAAUUAUUUCGUGGACAUGGGCAAAAUCGUAAGGGAGCGCCGGUGUACCAACCGCAUGAGGUUCCUCAUCAUGGACGUCCUCGACCUGAAGAAGAACAGGUGGGUGCCAAGGAGGGCAGAGAACAAGCCCAAGACCAUGGCAGAAGUCCACGAAGAAAUCAAGAAAGAGGAAGACAAGAAGACUACGGGCUAUUUUGGCCGCUCGGACUGGUACAGGAGGCGCUGA